AUGGAGACGACAGUGAAAAGGUUUGGCAGCGCUGUAGCAGGCAGUGUGAUUACCGCGGCGCUGGGAUCCAAGAGGAAAAGUGGCGAGAUGCUCGGCUUUUCAGCAAUGUUGCAAGCUGCAGGUGAAGGACCGUAUAGGACAGCAGAAGAUGGCGAUAGAAUGCAGAAAAUCCCCAAGCUCAGUGGGGCGCCGGAAGGGGUGAUUGACUGGAAGGACAAGGGCAAGCAAGUGGACGCGGACGAGAUGCCAGUCCAGAAUCACCAUACCAAGACGAGCCCUGAACCCACCACCACGCUCUUCGCAGCCAGGCCCGACGAUGUCACUGUUCCUCUCAAAUCCUCUGAUGGCGACGACGCGAUGCUCGAUCGCUUCAAGCGUACCGUCGAAGGUCUUGGUGCUCGCUCUGCGAAAAGCAUGGGGAAGUCUCUAGGUGGUAAUGCUGCCGCCGCCCUUGCCGAGGCACGGGCAGCUGCUGAGGCACGAGUCCGGGAGAGAAACAAGGCUGAGGACGGACAAGAUGUUUCCUCAUCUCCAGAUACCAAGGAGGCGCUCGAAGGGGCCGCUGGCCAAAUCUCCCUGCCGUUGGCCGCUGCUGUGGUUCAUACUCAGGCCGUCCCAGCUGGGGCACGUACAUCGAAGGAGUCUGAUAGGAGGUUGAGCAUGUCCGAUCUCGUCAGUUCUUCCGAGAAGGAUAGGUUCCCAGGCGGACAACCGACCAAGUUUGUCUCUGUACUUGCGGAGUCCUCGGAGAAUGGCGGUGCGACUGUCGACACCAGUACCUCAACGACACCUCCGACGACACCGCCUCCUAUGCUCAAGGUGGCUGCCCCGCCUACGCGCCCUGCCCCCGUCUUCAGCAAGCCUGCUCCUGUAUUUGUCGCGCCUCCGGCUCCGCAUCCGGCAAGUCAGGCCCCUCAACCAGUCGCAUCAGCCGGCACCAGCACAGAAUUCUCAUUCAAGUUACCUACCGCCAAUCCAUUCUCUCUUCCUGCAGCUAUGACUCUUGGUGUCCCCGCAUCAUUACCUUCUUCCAAAGGCCAGAAGGAACGCGUUCCCUUGUCUGCACAGUCGAGCAAAGCAAGCGUUUUAUCGGACGCCAUCUUCGACAAGAUCGAGGAUAUCCCAGCUUGGAUGCCUAGAACGCAGGAUACAGAAUACUCUAUUCGACCUUCACAAUCGCAGCCACAGGGCCGUACACAGGACGACAACCUCGACGACGACGAUGACAGCUGGCAUGUCGAUGAGAAAUUCUCCGCUAAUCAGAUGUGGACACCCUUCGGGUUUGCGAACGCGGAUACAGAUGACACGUGGAGUACACUACCGAGCCGGAGUACAAGUCAGAAGGGUGCAGAUACAAGAAUCGCAGCGGACACGCAGUACUUUACGACGACGACAGCCGCUCAGCCAACGAGGGACGAUGAGCGGCAUACGCACUCGGUUCCGGAUUUGCACCUGGGGAACAUGGCGAAACGGACAUUGUAG